AACAAAUGGGCAGAAACUAAUUAUUUUUUAAAAGGUGAGAGGGCAAAGCAUCACCUGCAUAAACACACACACCUGCAUUACUUCAUGGUGCCUGAACUGCACCCUCAGCGUAAUUUUUUUUUACUGAUAAAAUCAAACAACCACUCGGCCUCAACAGGAGCAACAUGAUCAGUGAUGCCACAGGCAGCUUGAAGAAGGAAUAAUGGUGACUGGAUUUGGUCGGGGAAAUGCUGAAUUAAUUAAAUUAUAUUGACUGAGGAAUCCUGAAGGUGUAAAACCAGUAAAAAAGAAAAAGAAUCAGAUCAAGUGGACGUUUGGUGCAGUGACGGUGGAGAACAGAUCUCUUGGGUUUCUAUUCUGAAGGAGAAAAUGAGCAGCAGGAGUUUGGUGGUGAUUUUGGUGCUGUGCCUCGUCCAGUGUUUAGCUGUUCUGGCUACAGCAGGGAUUCAACCACGCUGCUUGAACAAAACAGACAACUGUUAUGAAAACCUUGAGCAUCUCCCCUCCUUUGAUUUUCAACAUGUAGCCGGCAGUUUGAAACGGAUGAAGAGGGAGUGGGUCAUUCCUGCGAUUAACUUCCCCGAGAACGACAGGGGUCCAUUUCCCAAAUACAUGGUGAAGAUCAAAUCCAGCAAUGACGAGAAGGUGGCGAUAACGUACAAGAUCACUGGGGCGGGGGCGGAUCAGCGUCCUGAGGGGGUUUUUACUGUCGAUCGGCGAUCUGGGGUUCUGUACGUGACCCAGCCAUUAGACAGGGAGAAGACGGACAAAUACAUUCUGUGGGCCCACGCAAUGAAUGAGAAGACCAUAGCUGAGGAGCCCAUGGAGAUUGUCAUCAACGUCAUCGACCAGAAUGACAACGCUCCACAGUUCACUCAGAAGCAUUUCUACGGCACAGUGAGCGAAAGCGCUGAAGUCGAGGAAUCCGUGUUAAAGGUGACGGCGGAGGAUAAAGACGACCCAGAGAUGAGCAAUGCAAUAAUAAAGUAUCAGAUAAAGAAUCAGACGCCUCAAAUACCCAGAGGGGACAUGUUUACCAUAAACCCUUUGAGCGGGUUGAUCAGUGUGGCAGCAGGAGGCCUGGACAGAGAGACCCAGCCGCAGUACAAGCUGACCAUUGAGGCUGCUGACAUGGAGGGGGAGGGGCUGGCGGCCACCUGCACUGUCAUCAUCAGCGUCUCAGACAGCAACGAUAACCCUCCAGAGUUCACCGUCACAGCUAUUUCCACAUCCGUCCCUGAAAAUGCAGCCGGGGCGGAGGUCAUAAGGUUAAAGGUCACAGACAAGGACGAGCCGGGAUCUCCCAACGCCAACACCAAAUAUUCAAUAAUCGCCGGCAACGAGUGCGGACACUUCAACGUCACCACAGGCGCCAAUAAAAUGGAGGGAAUCAUCAAAACAGCCAAGGUCGGCCAACUGCUUGUAGCUCUACCCAACUUACAUGAGUCGCUAUACUUACUUCCUUCCUCUCCGUCUUACUCCCAGGAGCUGGAUUUUGAGAGCACUCCUGAAUUUACUCUGCUGGUGUCGGUGACUAACGAGGCGCCGCCAUCCGGGCCGACGUGGACCUCGACGGCCAUCGUCACCGUGACGGUGGAGGACCAGAACGAGCCUCCUGUCUUCAGUCCAGCCGAGAUCCUGGUGAGCGUCUCGGAGCACGUGAGGGCCGGGAGCUCUGUGGCCGGCGUCAGAGCUGAGGACCCAGAUACAGCCAGGACACAGAGCGUGAGAUAUAAAAUACACAAUGACACUGCCCAUUGGCUGAGUAUCGAUAAAGACACCGGCCUGGUCAAAGUAAGAGGCAGCAUGGACAGAGAGUCCCAUUCUGUCAAAGACGGCAAAUACACAGUCCUGAUUUUGGGCUAUGACAACGACACUGUCCCAGCCACCGGGACAGGAGCCGUGGUCGUGACCUUACUGGACGUGAACGACCACCGUCCUGUGAUCAGACAGAGAACAGCCACUCUGUGCAACAAGGACCCGGCCCCUGCCUGGUUGGACAUCAGGGACCUCGACGGACCGGGUCACGCUGGACCCUUCAUCGUGGAGCUUCAAGGAGAGCACAAGAUCAACUGGACCAUUAGCACCAACUCCACCAGUAGCGUGGCAGCUCUGGCCCCCAAGCGGGAGUUGUCGCCUGGUGACUACCAUGUUCUGAUGCGUAUCUAUGAUGUGGGCAUGCUCUACCAAGACAGCACACUGGCUGUGGAGGUGUGCCAGUGUGAAGGAGCCAGUUCCACCUGCCUCCUCUCACAUUCUGCCCCUCGUCUGCACAUCUCUUCUCACGCAACUUCAGUUCUGGGAGUGAUUUUUGGUCUUUUAUUGCUGCUUCUGCUGUCGCUGCUGCUGCUGGUGUUGCUGAGGAGAAGGAGGAGGAGGAGGAGGAGCUCGGUGAAGGACUUCCGUCACCUUGAAGAUUUGCCCAGGGACAACAUCUUCCUCUAUGAUGAAGAGGGAGGAGGGGAAGAAGACCAGGACUUUGACCUGAGCCAGCUUCAGAAGCGGCCCGAUAACUAUCACAAGGUCACUGACGUCUUCCCGACCGUCCAGAGCCGACCCUGCUACCGUCUCCUGCCCCAAGCCAAUGAGGAGAUAUGUACAUUUAUUGAAAACAACUUGCAGGCGGCUGACAGUGACCCCACAGCUCCUCCUUUUGACUCUCUCCUGGUGUUUGACUACGAAGGAGUCAGCUCUGAGGCGAGUUCGCUCAGUUCCCUCACCUCCUCAGACUCGGAUGAGGAGCAGGACUUUCGGAGCCUGAGUCAGUGGGGGCCCCUUUUCAACAGGUUGGCUGACCUGUACACUCGUGGGACAGAGGAGGACGACGAAGACACAGAAACACUGCCGGGAAAAACAGAAUGGGUCUGACGGGCCUGGGCGCGUUUAACAAGGAUCCUCCAGCUUUGGGUCCAUCUGCCCAACAUCCUCACACUGCUCUCCACGUUUGUUUACCACACAAUUAAUGGCAUUUACUGACUAAAUACAGUUUAAUAGUGGUUUUAAUUGUGUCCCUAUUGUGAUCAUGUCAAGUUAGCUAUUUUGUUUCAUUUGUUUGAUUGCACAUUUUAAAGUAAACGUAAUUUCUAUUUCAUUUAGUCUGUGGGGCUAAGAGUUCCCUGCAUUGGAGGCCCAGUGUUGAAACCUUACGCAGCCUCAACAUCAGACUCCACCUCAGCAUCUAUGGAGAAGUUAUGUCAACAAUAAUUUUAUAAUAAUUAAGGAAUAUCUGCAUGCAAAGAGCUGAAUGCCACAAAUACAUUUUUUGCCGCUCAACAAACAGUUAGAAGUACCAAAGACACUAGCUAAAAAUCAAGAUGAUCUUUUUUUAUCUUUGUAUUGCUGUAAUUUUUUAAAAUAGGCUUUUGCUUUUACUGAAUCAUUUCACCCUCAUAGUCUGUAUUUAAUUUUUACUGUGA